AUGAAUAAAAAGAAAAACGACGAAAAAGCUAAAAAAAUCGAUUUUAUGGCAUUUGAACAGAAAGAAUUACGACGAAUUCGUAACAAUGAUGCCGCUCGAAAAUCACGUCAAGCACGUCGUGAUAAAGAAGCUAAAAAUCGUAUACGUAUGGCUGCUCUUGAACAGGAGAAUGGUGCAUUACGGGCGCAAAUUGAUGUAUUGAAAAAAGAAUUGGAACAUGUGCAUCUAGUGAUUUUGGCAACAAAUGUUACAUGGAAGACAUUACUACGAAAUCAAUUUUAG